UGAAUUCGGGGGCCAAACCAGGUCAAUAUCUAUUAAUAUUAAUGUUUAAUCACAUGUAUUACGGUGAAUUAUUCAUGCAGAAAUACUGUUCUCCCAAGGCAUCAUAGAAUUCAGAACAAACCAAGCUUACAAAUUAAACAAACAAAUGAGAGAUAACACAAAAAAAACAAAGUUAGUUAUCAGUAUAAAUUCAGCAUAACCUUAUGUUUAUUAAAUUAGGUUAGCGGAGCACGCCACAUUUGGUAAAUCAUGGAAGCGAUUUAUAAGCACUUAAGUAAAGAAAGGGACAUCUUUUUCGAGAGUAGAUAUUGUGGAUAAAAGGCAGAAAGACAUCGGUGGUGUGGCGGUACUUUCUGCAAUUUAAAAUGCCACACGUCUAUUCAACAUAAAUAUAUGCCGAAUUUAUACAGACUACUAAUAUUUCGGAUGCAAUACUUAAUUGCUUACCAGACUGUGGGCGUAAGUAACAGUCCGUAUAGUACCGAAUAAAUCAACCUCUAGUGAUUACUGCACAUGCACCAAACAAUCACGAGAACAUCGAGAUGUGACGUCCGGCAGCCCUAUAUCGUGUGGGCUGGAAACAAGUGUGCCACCGGCCGAAUGUGGCCCACGGACUUUCAGUUUGACACCUCUAUUACAGACUAUUCCCUUUCUGUUGACCUUUUGUGAUAAUUUCACUUUGUUUUAUAGCUGACAGCAGUCAGUGUGGCUCAGUGUGACAAAUACAGCAGCAUGAAGGACUGCUGGUCUGCACAGGAUCCUUUCUGUGGGUGGUGUGUGCCGAAGAAGAGAUGCAUGUUUAACUCCGAAUGUCCUGGAACAACUGUAGAAGUCUAUAGGACAAUGCCAUCUUUGCAAAUAAAAAGUGUUUCAUCUGACCAGAUCACAGUAAAUGUCACCACUCCCCUGAGACUUCCAAAGGGAUCCUCUGUGUCUUGCUCCUUCAAUGCUGUGGGUUCAGAUAUUUGUGACAAACCAACUUCCCCCUGUUCCUGCACAUUUCCGGUUCACAAUCUCCCUGCAGGAGGCUUUAAUAUUGCAGUAAGAAUCACUGUAGUAGAGGAGGAAAUAACUGAACAUCUGGUUGUAAAGAACUGCCCAAAUAUUACAGCCGCGUCUUCGGUUGCCCAGUGUUAUUCGUGUGUCACAAGUGGUUGUACCUGGUCUAGUUCACAAACCUGUUCCUGGCCUAAUGGUGAAUUACAUCAAGCUCAGGCAGAGGACGUCUGUAAAGACGUCGCCCGUCCUUUGAAUUAUUCAGAGCCAGAAGUUCACUCUGUGAUUCCGAAUGUCGUCUCCUGUCAUGGAAAAAACAAUGUUGAGAUGAUUGGGAAGAACCUUAAUCACGUAACAAAGACACGUCUUCAGGGGUCACUGGAAUGCUACUCAGAGGAAUUGCAGGUAUUGGCCCAGACGGCAGACAGACUGUGGUUUAACCUCCCCAGUUUGAAUAAAGAUGUGAUGACCGUCUGCGCAUUGUUGCCCGAUGGAAGGUGUGUUGGCUCGAAGACGGUCAUCUACGGACCCUCGCCACACCCCUGCCGGCCGGAGAGGGGUGGAGGGCCAGUGGUGUUUGGCUUCGGGGCAUUAGGGUUCCUGGUUGUGACCAUUGUGCUCUGCGUGAAAUGGUGCCGGACUCGCAGGUUUUCCAGCUCUCUCUAAAGGUGCAUGAGGGACGGUCGAACACAUGGAGGGAUACAGGAUUGUUUCAAACGGCAAGCAGAGAAUGUUUCUGCGUGUGACUGGAGCAGCAUUUGGGGCAAACAAAAUAUCUGCGUUUAAUGUGUGUCUGACUCAGAGAGGCUGAUUCCCAUAUAACCUGUUUGCAUAACUCGCUCACUUCACCGGCAUAUAUACAGUAUCAGUGUCUUUUUUACUUGUGUUUUUCUGUCUGUUUCUCUAUCUUUUUAUUUUGUGUUACUUUGUAUCAAAGUGUCAUUGUAACAAUAUAAUCAAUGCUAUUCACUUCACCUAACAGUUGUUCUUCUGUUAUGGCUGAUUGGUGUGUGUAUAUAGCAAAAAUUUAACUUGUAUUUAUAAGUCAUUCAUUAUAAAAUAUUUUUUAUAUUAAUAAAAUUACUUCAUUAAACUGA